UGCUGUUCAGGAAAUUCUUCAGGCAUGGGCAGGGACUUGGCUGCAGUUCCACAGUUGGAAAAUCUGACUGGGGCAGCUUCUGAACACAGGCUGGGCCUGCUCACACUCGGCCCUGCGGCCGCCUCCUUCCCAGCCUCCCGGCACCCUCCCGGCCGAGGGCGCGUCUCCUCAGCUGCUCUGGGAGGCAGACGAGAGAGAUGCCUCAGGAACAGUACACACACCACCGGAGCGUCAUGCCUGGUUCCGGGGGGCCACAGGUGUACAAAGUGGGGAUUUAUGGCUGGCGGAAAAGAUGCCUGUAUUUCUUUGUCCUGCUCCUGAUGAUUUUAAUACUGGUGAACUUGGCCAUGACCAUCUGGAUUCUCAAAGUCAUGAACUUCACAAUUGAUGGAAUGGGGAACUUGAGAAUCACAGAAAAAGGCCUAAAGCUAGAAGGAGACUCAGAAUUCUUGCAACCUCUCUACGCCAAAGAAAUCCAGUCCCAACCGGGUAAUGCUUUGUACUUCAAAUCAGCCAGAAAUGUGACCGUGAACAUUCUCAAUGACCAGACUAAAGUGCUAACUCAGCUGAUAACAGGUCCGAAAGCUGUAGAAGCUUAUGGCCAAAAGUUUGAAGUAAAGACAGUUUCUGGGAAACUGCUCUUCUCGGCUGAUAACAACGAGGUGGUAGUCGGAGCCGAGCGAUUACGAGUCUUAGGAGCAGAGGGCACAGUGUUCCCUAAGUCUAUAGAGACCCCUAACGUCAGGGCAGACCCCUUCAAGGAACUAAGAUUGGAGUCCCCAACCCGGUCUCUGGUGAUGGAGGCCCCAAAAGGAGUAGAAAUAAAUGCAGAAGCCGGCAACAUGGAAGCCACCUGCAGGACAGAGCUGAGACUGGAGUCCAAAGAUGGAGAGAUUAAGUUAGAUGCUGCGAAAAUCAAACUACCUAGACUGCCUCACGGAUCCUACACGCCCACAGGAACGAGGCAGAAGGUCUACGAGAUCUGCGUCUGCGCCAACGGAAGAUUAUUCCUGUCCCAGGCAGGGACCGGUUCCACUUGUCAGAUAAACACGAGUGUCUGCCUUUGAGAGACUCUCCAUAGUGGACAUUGUUGGCAGCGGAAGGCCUUUUUCUGGCUUGAGACACUGGCUGCCAGCUAUUUUUACUAGAACACAGAAAGCCUAUCAAAGACCUUGGGUGUGUGCGCGUGUGCGUGUAUACGUGUGAAUGUGUUUGCGUGUGUGGGUGGAUAUAAAUAUAUAUAAAUAUAUAUAAAUAAAUAUAUAUAUCCUCUGUAUAAAA